UUUAUGAACGAUGGUAGAAUCAAAGCUGUUGACCUUAUGUAUUAUGUAAAUGGAGGGUGUACACUGGAUUAUUCUGAUAUGGUCAUAGCGUAUGUGGUGUUGAAAAGUUUUAACGCUUACGACAUCCCUAACUUCCGAUGUCGUGGCCAUGCCUGCAAGACUAAUCUGCCAUCAAACACCGCUUUCCGAGGAUUCGGCUUCCCACAGUCAGCCCUUACCGCAGAGAUGUGGGUUUCUGCUGUGGCGGACGAGCUUGGCUUGCCUCAUGAUAAGGUCCGGGAGAUGAACAUGUUCCAAACAGUUAGUCUUACUCCCUUCAAAGAGGAGGUUGAUCCCAGGAAUAUGGUCGUAUGUUGGAAAGAAUGCUUGAAGAGAUCUGAUUACUACAACAGGAGAAAAGCAAUAGAGGAAUUUAAUAAGCAAAACUACUGGAAGAAGAAAGGGAUUGCCAUCAUUCCCAUGUUGUUUUCAGUUGGAUUUAAUGCCACAAGUUACCACCAGGCUUCAGCUCUGGUCAACAUCUAUUUAGAUGGGUCAGUGUUGGUGUUUUGCGGUGGAGUUGAAAUAGGGCAAGGCCUUUACACCAAGGUGUUACAGAUUGCAAGCCAUGAAUUAAAGAUACCCACAUCGUACAUACAUCUUUUUGAAAGAAGUACCAUUCCAAUACCCAACGCACUUCUCACCGCAGGAUCAAUUGGCUCAGAAGUCAAUGGUAAAGCCGUACAGAACGCUUGCCAAAUUCUCCGGAAGCGUCUUGAACCAAUCAUUAAAAAAAAUCCACAAGGCAACUGGGAAGACUGGAUUAAACAGGCAUUUGAGGAAAGCAUCAGCCUCUCAGCUACCGGUUUCUUCAAAGGAUAUUUUGCCCAUAUGGACUGGGAGAAAGGUGAAGGCCAUGCUUUACCCUACUUUGUUUUUGGCGCUAGUUGUUCCGAAGUUGAGAUUGACUGCCUGACAGGGGAUCAUAAGAAUCUUCAAACAGACAUUGUCAUGGAUGCCUGUUACAGCAUCAAUCCAGGAAUCGAUAUAGGACAGAUUGAAGGUGGCUUUAUGCAGGGACUUGGACUUUAUACACAAGAAGAAAUAAAAUUCUCCCUGGAAGGGCAGCAGUACACACUUGGUCCAGACACAUAUAAAAUUCCAGCAGUUUGCGAUGUUCCAGAACACUUUCGAAUCUACUUACUGCCAAAUACAAGAAACCCAAUUGGAAUCUACUCCUCCAAGAGUAUGGGAGAAGCUGGGGUAUUCCUGGCAUCUUCCGUGUUCUUCGCCAUUAAGGAUGCUGUGGCUGCCACCCGGAAGCAAAGAGGACUGAAUGAUGUUUUCAUCCUGGGCAGUCCCCUAAACGUAGAAAGGAUUCGUAUGGCGUGCGCUGAUCAUUUUACAGAGAUGAUUCCUAAGGAUGAACCUGAGACCUAUAAAUCCUGGGCUAUUGACAGAAACUAAAAUGUUCUGAUUGUCUUAGUAAACUGGUGCUCUAUGAUUCCAUGCAUAAUGACAGGGGGGGAAAUAUCUAAUUGCGUAUCAAAUGUUGUUCAUUUGAGCACUACUUGAUUCAAUUAAACAGGAUGUUUUGACUAACGUGAUAGAAAAGAAGGUUGAGCAGUCUUGAUGGAUUUAUUGAGACGUGUCCCCUUUAAAAGAAAUGGAGUCCAUGCUGUGAAGUUCCGGCGUGUAAAGUGGAUCACAAACAAUUGUUGAUUCCCAGUGUAUUUUGAAAAAGUUAUUUAGAGUUAUUCUCUUAUGUUUAGGUUGUAGUAGCUUUAUAUAUUGAUAGGAUUGCACUUUUGGUGACAGGUACAUAAAGAGGGAAGCAGCAGAGUGCAACACACUUCUUUUCAUUGCCAGCAUUCAACGUUGCACUCUUCUGAGCGUUAUUGAUUUUGUAAACAGUACCGAUAGCACCGUGACUUUAUAAAUCCGCAGGAGGUGAGGUUUCACAAGGGAGAGGUUAGGAGAGUGGACAGCCUGAAGGGCAACUUGGGACUGGACUGGCGAGAGGAAACACUUUACAACAGUGGAAGAAGAGCCUUCAGCUUUGAAGAAAGGGAAGGGAAACGUGAGUUUGUCAUAUAAAAGUUACUUCUUAAAAUCCUGGAUUUUAACAAUGCCUGCUUCAAUACAGGCUUCUUCCAGGCCACUUCUUGCAUAUGUUUGAAGCAGCCAGGGGAUAGUCAUGUAGAGGUGUUUUCCCCCUAAUUACACUUCAGCUCCUCCCUGCAGGUGUUAGUUUUUAACUUAGUUCUUGAAAGCACAAGAAUCACUCUGGUGCUAGAAGCAACUGACGAAACAGACUUGCUGGUGUUUGAGACCUUUGGUGCAUCUGUUCCGGGGUGCUUUUUCUCAAGAAGAAUAGCUUGCAGUCCACAACCCAAUAGCUCACUUUUUUUGUAAAUGUCAGAAAGGUAAGGAUUGUUUGGUUUUUAUUUUGUGGUUUGGCAUCUUCCCUUGUUUAAUUUGAAACAAUCACUGGAAACUUUUCAUAAGAAAGGCUAGUGAUAGGGGUUAUCUGUUAUCCCAUAAAAGGGUCUUUUAUUUGAACACAUUUGGACAUUUAAGCCUGGCACUUUUCACCAGCUGAGGUUGUUGUAUGCUUACAGUUUUGUUAUUCACAGACAAAUAAAACCACCCAGGUGUUCAUUAUUGUGUAUGUUUGAAUGCCCAAGUAUGAUUAAAAUAGAUAGGAACAAAGUA